AUGCCCUCAAGCUCCGAGGUGCCACAUUCUCCAACUGAACGGCAGGGUUUAGAUGCCAUCGCGCCAACUCGGAAAAUAAUUAGGGAUUGUUGGCUCUGCCUGAAACAGUUGAUGAAGCUUGACGAUGCAGUUGACGAUGAAGCAGUUGACGAUGAAGCAGUUGACGAUGAAGCAGUUGACGAUGAAGCAGUUGACGAUGAAGCAGUUGACGAUGAAGUAGUUGGUGAAGUAGUUGGUGAAGUAGUUGAUGAAGCUUGA